GGAUACCAUGCGGUCCCGUCCACUUCCAAAUUGAGCUCUCGACUUCCUAGAAAUUUUGAUCUAAUUAAUCCAAUGACCACGGAAUUACAUAACUCGUUCAACUCAUUCUGUAAUUUCGUCAAAAAAGGUUCUACUACAGCAACUGACAAAACGUUGAAAAAAAUCUGCACAGAUUGCCACAUCUACGGAAAAGGCUUGGAUGCAAAUCGUGUGGAUAUAGAAUUCCGCGCCUUCAUUGGCAACACGAAACGGUACGUUGACUUCAAGGAAUUUUUGGAAUUCGUUGAUGGGCGUUUGGCAAAAGUCUAUGCAUCCUCUAAUGGAAUCACUCAGGAAGAGGCCGCUGCUGAGUUGCGGAGAAAAAUUGCUGACACCAACCCAGUUGCUCAUGGCGCCACAAAAGUAUCAGCCGACGCUACAACCUCAAGGCUUACAGAUGUGAAGGGAUUCACCGGCUCACACAAAGAACGGUUCGAUUUGGAGACAGGAAAAGGCCGUGGGAAAGAGGGUCGUGAAAAUAAGCCACCUGCAUUUACAACUACUGGUAUAUCAGCACCUCGGAAAUGAAGCAAGCACGAACUCGCUUUUGGUUGCAGUUCUUUUACACAUGCAUUUUCCACAAACGCACCAUCGUCUUUAUAACCAACAACAGUAUUCUGCACACAUGAUGUAAUUUAUUUGUAACUGGCAAACAGACUGGCAAAUUGUUUUUGUUCCGUUUAUUUGGCAACCAAGUAAUUUGUUUGUUAUUCACAUAUGGUGAACUUUUGAAUCAAUAUUCACUUUUUCUUCGUUACCACAAAUAAUACUUUGACGAAUAUAUCUACGUGAAUAAAGUGGAC